AUCCGCCCGCGCAAUGGACCAGGCGCGUCGAAGGGGGCCGAGCGUUGGCGAAGCCGGUCGAACGCGGACGAAUAGUAGGCUCGAAUCGUGCUCGCGCGACGCAUCGGUUCGAACGCGCGCUCGAGAACCGCUCUUGGUCUAUCUAUGUUUCUCUCUUUCUCUGACAUACACAUAGAAAGAGAGAAACACAAACACUAACAGAGGAUUCAGAGAGUAGUAGUCGUCUUCGUCGUUCCUCGUGUCUCUCUCGACUUAACGCUCGCGCGCCAGACGUUCCGACAGGCAAACGCGUUCUCGAUACUCCGUACGUGCCGUGCGUUCGCUCGUUGCGCGCGAAAUCGAACUUUCGAUCUAUCGAAAUUUGAAAAGAAAUCGUACAAGGGAAAAAAAAGGAAAGGAAGAGCGAGUUGGACUUGAAAGAAACUCGAGGACUCUAAAAGAGAAAAAAACGACGAAAGAUAAAUCAAAUAAAGUAAGGAAAAGGAAAAAGAAAAGGAAAAAUGUUAAGUGCUGGGAACUUUGAGAAAUAAGAUACUUGUGAUUAUUUUAUCGUGUUCUUGUUCGAAAAUAAUAUUACGAAAGUGCGAAGCCGGGGAUUCUGGACUGAUGGAUUUUACUUGCUUGUGCUCCGAAGAUAGAGGAAAGAAGAACGACGAGACGGACGUGAGAAUUUAUCGUUAUACGUAAUUUUGAAUUCGUUCGUUCCUUUAGAAACGAAGAAUUCGUCGUCUUCGACGAAGUGGAAAAAGGAAGGAGCUUGCUCGUUGACAAAGUGGACAACGUCAGUAUAAUUCUCGUUAUGGAUUCCUUCUCGACGGGGGCACUAUGCAAACCGAGGAAGUCGUGCCUCGUGCACAAUCAACUGGCAUAGACUUGGCCCUAACGGACAACAAUUUGCAGCAUCAUCUGCAUCAUCAUCACUCAGCGCAAAUCAAGUGCCCAUUGGCGCCUCUCGCACAUAUGGCCGUUAAGCAAGAACCCCAGGAGGAGGAGGAACGUAGUCGUGAUACCAGCACGUUGAGUCCGCAAACGGACACGAGUUCCGUGCAAGUGUCGCUCGAUGGUAAACAUGGAAACGAGCAACAAUCCGUCCACCAUCGUCAGCUUCAAACGUUGGAGGAUGCUCCCGGUCAAACAUGUGCUUCAGAUCAAAGUAACAGGAGUAGAAGCAGCCGUGGCAGACGAAAGUCACGAUGGAAACUCAAAUUCCAUCAUCAGGCAUUACCGCCGGAGUAUCUGGACCAUUACGAGGCAUCUCUUGCUCAAGAGGCAUUAAAUUCAUCCUCACCGACUCACACGAGCGAACAAACAGCACCGAGUCCGGCACCUACGAGUGCCACGUCCACGCCUAGUCCAAUCGCCGACGUUCACGGUUGGUUGCAACGUAUAGCUGCCAUGCAACAAGAACUCUGUCCCCAAACGGUGCAACAACAAUGUACGAACUUUAAUUCCGGUCAAUCUUCGGCCUCGAGACGAUCAGUGAUCACUUCGACUUCUUCCCACGCUUACACUGUACCCCAUCACCAUCAUCAUCACCACCAUCAUCAUCAUCAUAAUCACGGACACGCUCAACAAUCGUCCCAGCAGACAUCCACGAGGCCACCAAUGAAGUAUUCCGAUCUACCUUACAUGGGUGAAAUUACGCUCGACAAUAGUAAACCUCGGAGAGGACGUAAACCAAAAAAGGCGGACAUUUGUCAUUUGAUUUACAAGAAUUAUGGUACUAUAUUGCCAGGUACACCUGGCCACGAAGAAAAAAGGCUCUCUCCUCAAGAAAAACCUGAUUGUCGGGAUCAGUUACCACCUCAGAUACCAUUUCAACGAACGGACGUUCAGAAUAGGAUCAGUAGUCUUUUAGAAAAACGUCUUACUCAAGAGACCAGGCGGAAUUUUGUCUUGACGGAUACUACGAACGAGCAGGACGAACCGUUGAAUCUCUGCAUCAGAGAUCUCAAUCAGUUGAAGAUCAGGUUACUUCGGAAGCAUGGAAACGUUUACGAGUCCGGACAGGUGAAGAGUGAAGCUUCGAGCGACGGGGAAGACAUCGAGUGUUUGGGCACGACCUUUCCAAAUUCUUCCAAUCGCUUAGUAGAUUCAACGAAUCACAUCAACAACAACGUUAAUCACGGAUCCGACGGAUCUACGGAUCCAAUGAUUACACCAAAUCCAGGAUUCGUGUAUUUCCCAAACGCUGGUGUUUUCAUACAUCCGAUGGCCCUACAAUCGCAAUUGCUUUAUUAUCAAAAGAUGGCCCAGAACGACAAGUGCUUUCCACGCGGUAUAGAAUAUUCUCAGAAAGAACAAAAAAUAGUGCCAAAAUCAAUAUACUCGAUGAUGGACACGAAGAGUUCGAGUUCGGUUUCACCAACUACGCCAACUACGCCAACGCAACAGUCUCAAACAGUUCCAGUUUCAGCUCCGUUAUCGCCCAGGCCUAAGAGAAAUGCACCGGUUACUCAACAUCAGGGACAACCGACGAAACGUAAACGUUCGGCGAUCUUUAUCCCGCCGAUGCCUUCGGAGAAUAACAACAAUCCUGCUACCGAGGUGAGCAUAUGUAAAUUCAAGUUCACCGGUGGUGCCAAACCGAGUUUGCAAGAGAAGAAAAGCCUUUCCGUGGAUUCAGGUGGCAAUUUUAGAUACUACAGUGGCACCGGUGACAAAAGUAUGCGCGGUUACGAGUUCUUUCCACGCGAAGCCCUUCAACAACAAGCCGGCCAAUCUGGAUCUUCAGCGGGAGCGUUUUUAAAUGCGUCUGGCGAGAGAGUACAACCACCGGUAGUUUGUCCACGUUCUAACAGCCAAGAAGAUGGCCGUCGCAAACGAAAGACCAGGAAAUCUCUUCAAAGGGAGAAACUUGAACAGACAUUCAAGGAAAAGGGUUUCCUCAUUCAAACGCAACAAUUGGAAUCUGCGGAAGGUGCUACCUAUUGUAAAUUCCGUCAAUUAAGAAAAUUCACGAGAUAUUUGUUUCGAAGUUGGAAGGACUAUCUUCCUGGUAAUGUGCGCGAGUUAUCUAACAACGGGGAGAGUGAUAUCGUUGAUGGUGACGUUGAGACCGACGCCAGAAUCGUAUCGUCUCCUGUACCUCAUACGAAUCACGACGCGUCGUCGCCUACGUACGUCGACGAUCAUCGGACUCUUCCUUUAACGUGAACGUUAUGAACUAUCCUAAAGUGUCUCGUCCUUCGAACUCUCAUACACGUAAUGGAGUUUAUUUUCUUGCGGCGAUAUACGAACGGCUAUGAAAAUAUGCAGCAGUGGAACUUUAUGAUGCCGAUAAGUCAUAACUAUCUCUAUCUCUUUCUAUCUGUCUGCCUGUCCAUUUGUCUGUUUGUCUGUUUGUCUGUCUCUCUCUCUCUCUCUCUCCCUCUCUCUCUUUCUCUCUUUCUUUGCUUCCUUCGUUCCACUUGUACGCUGUUGCAUUUACAGUGCCCGUGGAAUCUUUGAAAACUGGAGAGGAAUUUUACGAUCGGUUUACGUUCGCGACUUAUCGACUGAUUUGCGAUUACGUGAGAAUUUUCCUAAUUAACGGUUAGAGUAAUUCAUUGGAAAAAGAGGGAGGGGAUCAGGGCUAAAGAGGGAAGGAACUUGAACGCCUUGUUGUAUUAUCUGUGAUGCGUAUCAAAACGAAUUUCGAACAUUUUCUCCGCGUCGUUGUGUAUAUUAAAUAUAAAAAUAAAUUAAUUCAGAAAUAUCCUAUUAAUUAAUCGUAAUAAAAGAAUAUGUCGAUGUAAAUUAAGUAAACGAGAUCAAACGCGUGCUUUCGUGAAAAAGUGAAAAGUAACGAUGAACGUUACGAGAUUAGAUAUACGAAUUUUCCUCUUUCCCCUUUUUUUUCUCAUUCUUUUUUGCUCUUCUUCCUUGCAUCUUUCUUUCUUGGAUUCGUUUAACGAGAAAACACCGAUGUAAAAUCGAUCGCAGCUUUGUGCCAAAGAUGGGAGACUGGAACGUAUGUAUGCGUGUGUGCGUGUGCGUGUCCCGUGCGCUUAUCUACGUACGAGACACGCACGUAAGAAAAAAAACAAAACAAAAAAAAAACAGAAAAAUAAUAAAAAGAGUUAGAGAAGAACGUGUUAACCAAAGAACGAUGGUGUGUCUCAAGACUUGUCGUUGUAUGACGACGACAACUUCGUGACAGAGAAAGUGAAAGUCGAAAGAAUUUUUCGUUCGUAGGAGUUGGGAUUAUUGUAAAUAAAGAAAGGAAGGGAAACAAAAAAGAAUAAACAAGAAAAAGAAAAAAGAAAAUUGAAAUAAGAAAAGAAAAUUCUUCCUUUUUCUUUCGAAUAAAAAGUUAAUUUACAAAGUUCCGAGGGAAGUGCAUUUUGCGAUGUUGUUGUUGUUGUUUUCUUCCGAGUGCGACCCAGAGUGAGACUUUAAUGAUAAUAAAUACGCGACGUUCUUAUUUUUGUUUAUCGUAUUUUUGUAAGACUAUAUCGAAUAUCGUAUUAAUCGAUAAACGCAGUCUAACGAAAUCUAGUCCUAUUUAUACUCUUGUUAAAUCAAAAGCGCAUCGUUUUUUAUUAUUAUUAUUACUAUUAUUAUUAUUAUUAUUAUUAUUAUUAUAUUAUUAUAUUAUAAUUAUUAUUAUAAUUUGAUUAUAGUUAUAAUUAUUAUAGUUACAAUUAUAAUUAUUAUUAUCAUUAUUAUCAUUAUUAUUAUUAUUAUUAUUAUUAUUAUUAUUAUUAUUAUCAUUUAAUGAAUAUUUAUACAAUUUCGUUCACACGCACCUAUAAAAGCCGCUAAAUAAAGCACAUUAUCUUUCGCUGAUUAUAAUAAUAAAUGUAUAUAUGUGCGAUACAAUAUCACGCAUGCCUGAUUAUUUGCGAAAAGAAAAGAAGUAAUAGGAAUAACGUUAAUUGCGAUAAGUUAACGAUGCGUUAUUUAGACAAAUGUUGUGCGACGUGCAAACAAAAGAUAUAUGUGUAUACAUACAUACAUACAUAAAUACAUACAUACAUACAUAUAUAUAUAUGUAUAUAUAUAUAUAUAUAUAUAUAUAUAUAUACGCCGUACGAGUUAUAAUUUAUAUCGUAGAUAUUAAAUGAAUCAUACGACUUGUACAUGUUGUUUUCGAAAUUGUUUAUGAAAGAAAAGAAGAAGGAGAAAAAAGAAAAAAAAUUAAAAAAGAAUUAAUCCUACCUGUGUAACAUCAGGAACCGUCCUUCCCAGAUAUUAAAUACGUUUUAGCAAAAAAAAGGACGUUUAUUUUUUUUCCUUCUAUUCUCUUCUUUUUCUUCUUUUACAUAGCCUCCUCUUAUCGCCUGUAAGAAAGAAAAGUUACGAAGGUUCUUCUAGGUUAAAUAGACAAGCUGAAAAUAAACGAUUUUUAAAUUGUUA